UAAAUAAACAAACGUCAGACGUCAGUAUCGGUACAUGUCGAAGUAAAAAAACAAGUCUUGCAACAAUAGAGCAUUCACGAGUCGUUUAAACUGUGAUGAAUCAUCAAUGAUAAACCAUUCCAAUUGUAAAAGAGAAGGUUAAAAGCGUCCAACAAUUCCUCUCUGUAAGCCCAAAAGCCAUAACAAACAUGUCGCUGUAUCCAAGCCUCGAGGAUAUGAAAAUUGACCACAUGUCGAGGGCUCAAAAUCAAGCUCUUGCAGCAAGUGCACCCUCCUACCCCCCAGCGUACUCUCCAGAAAUGCCCGUACCCCAGACUGCUACCGGAAAUUCGGCUUAUCCAUCACUGGGUGAAUUCAUGGGGUUGGAAUUGACCGAAGAUGUCAUCAAGCAAAACAUGCCCGAAUAUUCGCAGAUUGCUCUGCCCCAUGCGAGCAUCCCGAUUCCUGUGGGCACCACCACCAUGGUGGCCCCCAUCUCGGGUCAGUCCCUCGGGCUCCAGCGCGCUCAAGUCAGCCACGGCGUACGCCAGCUCACCCUUUGCAAGGACAAGGAAGGCAAAGUGGGACUCCGCGUCAAACCCAUCAACAACGGGGUUUUCGUGUGUCUGGUGGUGGAGAACUCGCCUGCGGCUCUAGCCGGUUUGAGAUUCGGCGACCAAAUCCUGCAGAUCAACGGUACGAACGUGGCCGGUUUUUCCAUGGACAAGGUGCACGAUUUGUUGCGCAAGAGCCCGGUCAACGGCAUCCAGGUGGCUGUGAGAGACAGGCCCUUUGAGAGGACCAUCACGCUGCACAAGGACAGCGUAGGGUGCAUAGGGUUCCAGUUCAAGAACGGGAAGAUCGUGACGAUUGUCAAGGACUCGUCGGCGGCGAGGAACGGGGUUCUGACCGAGCAUCAACUCCUGGAGGUGGAGGGACAGAACGUGGUGGGCUUGAAGGACAAGCAGGUCACCAAGUUCAUUGAAGAGGCCGGGGAUGUUGUCACGAUUACGGUGAUUCCGAGCUUCAUUUAUGAGCAUAUGGUGAAGAAGAUGGCAGGAUCGCUGGUUAAGAAUUUGAUGGACCAUUCUAUUCCCAACUUGUAAUAAGCUUCAUUUCCUUGAAGACUAAAUACAUGUGUUUAAUGGCUUCUAUUCGCGUUUGAGUGGAUGUUAUCUCUUAUUUCUACAUCGAUAAUUAUCUUCAUCAAUAAUUCGUUAUUUAGGUUAAGUAUUAAAGAGUGCAAUAAGUAUAACUGAGCGCUAUAAAAAUUCAAUUUCUUUAAGUAAAAUUUAUUGCACUGUGUUGUUUGUCUGUUAGCACUACGUUAUACGUCCAUGAUAUAGUUAUACUAUGUUUUUUAUAUUAUAUAUAUAGUUUUUAUAAUAGUUAUCGAUACUGGAUCUUACUGUUGCAUGCUUAGCACCAUAUACACCAGGAACUCGUAAUCUACCAAAGAACGUUGGAUUUGUGAUGGUCUGUGCCAGAAACGAAAAUAUAGAUUUUAUAAAGAUAAGAUAGAAAUAAAGACGUGAUGUCAUUGCA